GUUUUGGGUUUAUGUUGUGUUCCGGAUAGUUGGCUUGGGGUGGUGGGGGGAUUGUUUACCAUCCACUUUCCUACUGACACUUCGUGUGAGGUGAUGGAGAUUCGACGAAUUUAGUUUCGAUAGCGAUGCCAGAUCCCACUGCAAUCGCCAUAGAAUUCCUCACCAAAGCAGUCCGUUCUUUUAACAGUUACUUAAUUGUCUCGCACAGCAUGCUGCUGCGUAAUUUUGAACUGGUAAGGCUCUUGUGGGCACCGCAGUUGGCUUAAUCGUGCACGGGAACGAAAGAGAUACGUUAUCGCUGGUAGCAUACGCAACGCUCUAGGGUCGCCUUAAAAGCAUUUGACAAACGAAUAAGUUGUACCAUUCGUCGUUGUCGUUGAACUCGAGCACUCGAAGAGGAUUAAACGGAAAUGGAUCAAUCUAACUUAACGGUUCAGGAUUCUGUCUACGGUUUCUACUGUUUACCUGCUUACAUUCGGUCCGCUGUAGAGACGGAAGAAUUUCUACGCCUGAAACGGUUGAAACAACUGGGUGUCUCUAAUUUAACUUUCGAGGGAGCUGACCAUACGAGAUUCGAACACUCGUUGGGUGCCUGCUACCUGGCUGGUAAACUGCUAGAUUCAUUAAAUCUCCAUUUGGAACAACCAAUAAGCGAAAGUGAGCGGAUGUGUGUUAUGCUGGCGGCAGUUUUGCAUGAUGUAGGCCAUGGACCAUUUUCGCACAUGUGGGAAAAAUUUGUUGAAGUUUACGGUGGCCAUUGGAGGCAUGAGGAAGCCUCGGUACAACUUGUGCGUCAAGUGCUUGACCGAAUGGAAUACAUCACCGAACAGCAAAGGGAGAUAAUCUGUGCAAUGAUACAAGGCAAAGCAUCCGAUCUGUUAAUCCCCGAGCGUCACUUUUUGGCGCAUAUUGUCAGCAGCGAUGUGGAUGUCGAUCGGUGUGACUAUUUGCAGCGUGAUUCGCACCACGUGCCCAACAUCAUUAGACCGUCGCGACCGUUUAGUGAAAUGUUCGAUCGAGCCCGCGUAGCGACGACAGUUGAUGGCAGAAGCAAAAUCGUUUAUCAUUGGGAAGAUUUUCCGCUAGUGUAUGAAAUGGCCUGUGCUCGGCAGGAGUUUCAUCGCGGCUGCUAUCAAGAUGGAGAGGUCCUCGGAACCGAGCUGAUGAUGCUGGAUGUGCUACACGAAGCCGAACGGGUUGGAUUUCGGUUUUCACGUAAUGGCAAGAGUGAACUUCUUUCCAAAGUUCAUAGUCAACCAGACCUGUUUAUGUAUUUAGACGAUACUAUUGUCGAUGAGCUAGCGUCCAGCAGUCAUCCUGGGCUGGAGAAAGCCAAAGAACUAAUGAAACGUUUGAAGGGCGGCGAGCGUUACACAGAAAUAUUUAGAUCUCCUGUUGAUAUGAAGGACGAGGUGGAGCGCUAUAACUUUCUACAACAAAAACCUAUCGUGGUGCAGGCAUCGCGUUGCAUUAAAUCAAACGAGCAAUGGUUUACCAACUUCAACGUUACCUUCUAUAAAGUCGCUCCGGGUGGGAGGAUGGAACUUAUUUCCAUCGAGAAGGCGAGAAGUCUAUCAAAGAUUAAUGUACAAAAGUCAGUCAAUGAAAUUAAGGAAUACAUCACUUAUUGCACUAGUACAGUUCUGCAGGUGCAACAGAAUGCCAAGAAUUACUUCAUCAACUUGCGAAACUCGGUAUCGAACGGAAGCUAGUCGAUAAUAUUUGGGAUGUAGGAAAUGUUUUUUUUUUAAUUUUAAAUUGAACCAUUGAGGCUUCGCACUUUAUUUAUCUUAUCGUACACGUAUUGUUUGUGUGGUACUUACCUUCAGGAAUUCGUAGCGCAGGAAAAUAAAUAAUUAUUUUAGCGCCAUCGGUAUGGUUGUGUGAACCAAGCUACCUUACUCAGGAAAAGAAAUAUUUGCUAUAAUCAAUAACAACAUUAUUAUCAAAAUUUAAAUAAUGUUUAUAAUCAUUUACCUUUUAUAUUUUUACUAGUUUUUUCACGUUAAAUCACAAAAUAAUGCAAAAUUAGAAAAAAAACAUGGAAUGAACAACUCGUAAUAAAAGUAUUUGGAAUUUCUAAAC